AUGGCUUCCCGGCGAUCUCGACGGCCUAAUAACCACCACAACAAUAUCAACAAUAAUCGCCAGAAUUACGGUCAACCCUCCGACUAUGAUUCUGACUACCACAACUACUUCUCCGAUACUCAGCAACAACUAGACCAACAAGAAAUGCCUCCUCCGCCUCUGCGCUCCAACGAAGAGCUGAACCUCGCCGUCCUCCAACGCCACAACCCGUCCAUCAGUUCCAUCCUCUCCCUCGCACCGUAUGCAGUCGUCUACAUAUUCAGUCCUUCCACGCGGCAGUGGGAAAAGAGCGGGGUUGAGGGCACGAUGUUUGUCUGCCAACUGACACAGGGGAUUCUCGGGGAAGAGAGAUACAGCGUCUUCGUCCUCAACCGACGAGGUCUAAAUAACUUCGAUGUCCCCUUGACUGACGGCGACAAUGUUGAGCUCACGGAGGAAUACGUCAUCCUCAAGGCCGACGAUAAAUUAGACGCUAGCCAGGGUAGCAGCCCUGCCGGUCAGCCGAGUAAUGGCACAAACCAAUCCGUGGACGGCACCGGGAUCCGUAUCUACGGUCUGUGGAUCUACUCCGAACCCCCGCCCAACUCGACCGCGGAGACACGCACUCUCAACGCCAAGAUGAUUCGUGAAUGCGCUGUGCAUGCCGGACAUAGUCUCAAGCUAGCAAAGGAACGAAACGAAGCGGCCCAACAAAACGGAAUGCAUAUUGCGGCCGCAGCAGCAUCUUCCACGGCUGGCCCAGUCGAGGAAGUACAAGCGAGUGUUCCCAUGGGCCGUCAAAUCUCCCUCAAGGAUCUUUUUGGCCAGCAGCGAGCACAGGAUGACGGAUUCAGUGUCCGCAUGCAUCAGGAACCGCAACCUUCCGCAAAUGACGCUACAGAUACGGACAAGCUGAAGGCAUUCCUGUGGAGGUCGCCUGGCGCAACGAAUUCACCCGCUCCUGCAGCACCGCCACCAUAUCCUCAAAAUGAUGUUCUUGGGGAUUUGUUUCGAAGAGCCGGAAUUGCGUACCAGCAGAAUCAAAGCUGA